AUGGAGGCAAAGGCUGUGGGUAAGAAGGCUGGGGCCCCCAGCCCGAAGCCGAAGCUGGCUCGUAAGUAUUCCGAAGUUCAACUUGGUGAUUAUCUCAUUGGUUCCCAAGUGUGGGUUCGCGAUAAGGAUAAGGAGGAGCUGUACACCCUGGCUAAAGUAACAGCUAUUUCAGGGACGACUUUAACUGUGGAGGUCGAUGGAGGCGUUACGAAAACCGUUCAACAAGAUGAAUGCCUAAAUGCAAAUACAUACGCAGGCCGUUUGUUAAUAGCGAUGAACCCAUUUAAAGCAAUACCUGGUUUAUAUGAGCCUUCAACAAUAACUCGUUAUCAGAAUGCAGAUACAUCUCGAGGCUUUCCUACAGAUUUACCUCCACAUACAUAUGCUGUAGCUCAGUGUGCAAUGGAUAUGAUGCGAAUUUCUAAAGAAAAUCAAUCUUGUAUUGUCUCUGGGGAAUCGGGAGCAGGGAAGACAGAGACAGCAAGACAAUUAAUGCAAUACUUUGCUAGCGAUAAAGCAGGGGCAGGGGGUUCACAGGUUCAAGAUAUUAUUCUUGGAGCAAACCCUGUCUUAGAAGCUGUCGGGAAUGCAAAAACAUUAAGAAAUAAUAAUUCUUCUCGCUUCGGUCGGUUUGUUAAACUCGAUGUAGCACCAACAGGAGGUAUUCACGGAGGCUUGAUAAACAAUUAUAUGUUGGAGUUAUCUCGUAUUGAAUUUCAAGCAGAAGGUGAACGCAAUUAUCAUAUUUUCUAUCAAAUGAUUAAGGGCCUUUCCCCAGAACAGAAGACCCUCUGUGCACUCAAGAAUGCAGAACAAUACGAUUUCCUCAAUAAAAGCGGAUGCUAUGAAGUUGAAACAGUUAAUGAUUUAAAGGAAUUCGCUGACGUUCGAAAACAACUCGAUCUCUUGUUUUCUAAAGAAGAACAACUCGCUUACUUCCAGGCCCUCUCUGCUGUGCUGCUAUGCGGGAAUAUCAAAUUCGUCAAUGUACAGGCAAUGGGCACAGACAAAGCGGCGAAGCUGCAGAACGAAGCUGACUUUGAUCAAAUAGCUUCUCUCCUAGGCGCCAGCAAAAAUGAAAUGUUGGAGGCCAUAACUGUAAACACAGUGGAAGUUCGAGGAAAUAUAAUUAAAAGCCCUCUUUCUGCUGAUCAAGCUCUAGUUAUGUGCAGAUCUAUGGCCAAAGAAGUUUAUAGUGUUCUUUUCGAUUUCAUCGUCGAAUCUUUUAACGAAAAAAUUUCCUUCGAUCAUGAAAACAAAGUCUGGAUUGGAAUUUUGGAUAUCUACGGCUUUGAAUUCUUCGAAAAGAACAGCUACGAGCAGUUUUUGAUUAACUACGCCAAUGAACGGCUGCAGCAAUUUUUUAUUCAACAAGUCUUUCAAGCUGAGAAAGCAGAAUAUGAAGCUGAAGGCAUCGACCACUCGAUGAUUGUUUACUCCGAUAAUGCAGCAGUGCUCGAAGUCUUUGAUAAACCAAAGGCAGGAAUUUUCGCGUUCUUAGAAGAACAAUGCUUGUUGCAAACAGGGACGAGUGAAUCUUUCACUGCUGCUUGUCACAAAAACAUAAAGAGCGAAAACUACGAAGUGCCGAAGGGCGACGCGCGUUUGACUUUUCGCGUUUAUCACACCGCAGCCCCCGUCCUCUACAACACCACUGAGUUUGUUCCCAAGAAUAAAAUGAGACUGCCUAAUGAAUUAAUUGCUGUCUUUAAAGCUGCGAAGAACUUAGCGAUGAAAAAAGCAUUUGCAAAUGUAGAAAUACCUGACACAAAAAAUAUGAAGGGGAAAUUUGUCGGGUCAAAAUUUCAAAAGUCGAUGAAUAAUCUCAUGACUACUUUGAAGUCUUCGCGAGCGCACUUCUGCAGAUGUAUAAAGCCGAAUCAAGUGAAGAAGCCUCGCGUCUUUGAGACUGCUAAUACUUUAGGGCAGUUGGUGAGUUUGUCUGUCUUAGAAGCAGUAGGAAUUAUUCAUAAAGGGUUUGCUUAUCGCGCAUCCUUCGCCGACUUCGUCAACGACAACAGCAUUCUUCUACGAGUGCUCGGGGCUAAAGUGGACGGAAGCGAUGACAAAGCUGCGACUCUGAUGAUGUUGGAGCGUUUGGGCGUAGCCAAAGACCAAUAUCAGUUGGGUGCGUCAAAAAUAUUUUUACGAAAGGCGGGUUGGCUGGUCAUUGACCAGUACUUUCGCACUGUCAUGGGCAACCUCAAGCCCCUCAUCGUCAAGCUUCAGGCUAUCUAUAGAGCAGCUAAAGCACGCACACAGUAUGUGCAGUUUGCAAGUCGCGUAAUUCGUAUUCAGUCGCUUAUGCGACGCUAUGAAGUGCGAAAAACACAAAUAAAAAGAUUAGAGCUUCAAAAUAUCUUUACUGGGGCCGUCUACGUGAUGAAACUGUGUCUCUUCCAACAGCGGCGCGCUUUAGCGGCUGUGCAAAUUCAAAAAAACUGCGGCGAUUAUGCGCAAAGCAAAACUAAGCAAAAUAAUUGGACAGACAAGGAGGAUAACAUUUGCUGGAGUAACAGGUUUAAGAUGGAAGAGAGCAGCACAUCGGCGGAAAGAAGAUAA